UCACGCACGACGACCUCUUAAGCUUUUGUCGUCAGAUUUGCUCUUCAUCUGUUGCUCUUUGGUUGAAAUCAAAAAUCGAAUUCCGAAUCGAGAUGCAAAAUGACUUUUAUCGGUGAUGCAAAAUAUUUCAAGAAAAUUGAGAUUGAGCUGGAGAUCAGUCAAUACAUACUCACUAUCAAAGGUGGAUCGAAAUGCUGCGUUUCAGUACUAGUGGAUUCGAUAGUUGUAUUCAUCUAGCUGAGUUGCAUCCUUUGGAAUAACGAAAGCUUCUCGGGCUUUGUAUGCCCCCCCUCUCAAAUACCCGUUGUGUUUUGUAAUUGUUAGCGUGAGCAAUAAUAGUGAUCUUUUCGCGAGUAAGAUAUAACGUUUAGUGAUAGUGUUUCAUUUGCCGAAUUCAUGGGUUGCUUUGGUUGCUCUGAGAGAUCAAGAGAAUCACCACAGCCAUACGAUGAUGAUAAUGAUGAUACAUAUACCGACGGUGGUGAUGUAACGAGCAAUGUGGGAGAAGGAGAGGAAGCGGAGCAGCAGAGCCGUUCUAAACUAUCUGAAGAGAUUUUGAAGUACAAACUACAAAAUGGACUGAUCUGCAGGCAGUUUCCUGUGAAGGAAACCAAUAAACUUAUACGUGGAGAGGAUGAAGAUGGAAACAAGACGGUUAAUGAGUUUGUUCGUCAGCGUAAGAUUGGAUCUGGUAGCUACGGGAAAGUGGUUCUGUAUAAGAGUACUGUCGAUGGAAAGGACUAUGCUAUUAAGGCUUUUCACAAGUCGCAUUUGUUAAGGCAACGAGUUGCACCUUCAGAAACUGCUAUGGGGGAUGUUCUUCGAGAGGUUAUGAUUAUGAAAAUCCUGGAGCAUCCUAAUAUAGUUAAUCUCAUUGAGGUCAUUGACGACCCUGAGACCGAUGAUUUUUACAUGGUUCUCGAAUAUGUUGAUGGAAAAUGGGCCUAUGAUGGGUUUGGACCACCUGGUUCCCUUGGAGAAAGUACUGCUCGAAAGUACUUGCGGGAUGUAGUUGCUGGCCUCAUCUACCUUCAUGCUCAUAAUGUAAUUCAUGGAGACAUCAAACCAGACAAUUUGCUAGUUACUAGUACCGGAACAGUGAAGAUAGGAGAUUUCAGUGUCAGCCAAUUGUUCAAGGAUGAUGAUGAUGAUCAACUCCAUAGAUCUCCUGGGACACCUGUCUUCACUGCCCCAGAAUGUUGUUUAAGUGUACCGUAUAGGGGCAGAGCUGCAGACACGUGGGCAUUGGGAAUCACCUUGUAUUUGAUGAUAUUAGGACAUUACCCGUUUCUGGGUGAGACGCUCCAAGAUACUUAUGACAAGAUUGUUGACGACCCGUUGAUAAUCCCGGACGGAAUGAAUCCUUAUCUCAAGGACUUGAUAGAAGGUCUACUUUGCAAAGACCCGAAGGAGAGGAUGACGUUGAAAGCUGUGGCGGAGCAUCCAUGGGUCAUUGGAGAAGAUGGGGACACUCCAGAAUAUUUGUGUUGGUGCAAACGCAGAGCUGAAGAAGCAUCUAAUGGGAUUGAAACCGUAGCUGAAAUGGUGGACUCUUAACCACUAAUUAGGACCGGUUUAGCUGAGCAACUUAUACUUGUCUAUUUAAUCCCCUUUGGCGGCUAAAAGAGUGCGUUUAUGUUGUAAAAUGAAUUCGUUUGAGUUGUAUUUUUUUUUCUCAGUCUGUAAAAAAAAACUUAUUUCGGUAAUGAGUGUACUGGAUAUUACGAAUUUUUUUAAUACCAGAUGCUUAUAUAAAUGUCACUUUGGAAU